AUGCGGUUGCUUCUAAAAUCUUUCAUUUCUCUUACACUUGCCGUCUUCGCUGCGGCGUCUCCCCCUGGUCUCAAUAAACCUCCAGGUCAUCCUGGCCCAUGGCCUCCGACUGUAUGCAACCCGAACGCCAGCGGUCCACACCUCCAAGCGCAACAGCAAGCUGCAAUGGAGGACUUUACCGAUAUUCUAUUUAAUCAACGAGACGUCCAGGCAGCUUAUGACAGAUGGGUUCCAGGGCAAUACAUCAACCACAGUCCCUGGGCGGAGCAAGGUCGCCAAUGGGCGAUAGACUUCCUCAGUCCAUAUUACGCAAAUCCAGAACACAGAAUAUCGAACGUCACAGUCAUUGGAGGGAAAGGAUACGGUGUUAUUCACUUCGCGCUUCAAAUCCCGGGCGCUACGAUUCCUGACGUCACAGUGGCUAUCUACCGAUUCCAGGGGACGUGUAUCGUCGAGCAUUGGGAUGCGUGGAUGCCAAUGUCCCCUGAGGCUACGAAUCCGAUAGCGUAUUUCUAA